AUGGCUCCGGUGUGCUAGUGCAGAGGGAGGGCAUCAGAAUAAAAGGAACAGCUUGUUGAUUUGACUGGAGGGAGGGUGUCAUUAAUAACAGAACAGAGGGAUGGCGACACGGAACAGCCUGUUGACAUUUCAGGCCAUGUGACCAGAAACGCAACAGUCAGUCGUGCAGCUGAAAGAUUUAUUCGGUUCUCUCUCACUCACUCACUUUACCAGUAUCAAUUCCCAAAUAUCCAUGGAUUCAAGGCUGAUGUCACAAUAAAGUCAACUGCUUGGCUACCUAUUGGGGUCACAUGAGAUGCUUCGUGUGAAUACUUUAAGAUUCAGUGAUGGAAAAACUAGCAGCCAGUUCAAAUGUGAUAUUAGAGCAACCAUAGGAUGGCUCCAUGCAUGACCCAAAUGCAGAAGUAGGCCUCUUUUUGAUUUUCACAUACUCCUAUAAGGACAUCUCUGUUGGGUGUUGAAUACUGCCUUGUACAAGUUGUCAGUACAGUGAUCAUUGUGACUUACCAAUGAGCGAUUUGUUUGUAAACACUGUGCUUGCCUGUAUGUUGGUCUUGUAUACCUCUUUACAAGUGUGUAGCCUAUUUGAAUGAGUAGUUGACAUUAUUGCUCUCCUCUCUACUGGUCUCUAGCCCACGGGGUACAUGGAGGCUGCCCUGUCCUACAGCACCAUAGAGGACCUGCAGCUGCUCUCCUGGGAUAACGCCCCCAAAUACUGUGUGCAGCUCAGCUUCCCUGGUGGCACCGUCCUCCUGCAGGUAUGUCCUGUCCCCCUCCCUCCCUCUUCAUGUCACGAGUGUGUGUGUGUGUGUGUGUGUGUGCCGAUCAUGUACAGUGGAUAUAUAAAGUCUACACACACCUGUUAAAAUGCCAGGUUUUUGUGAUGUAAAAGAAUGAGGCAAAGAUAUAUCAUGUCAGAACUAUUUCCACCUUUUAAUGUGACCUAUAACGUGAACAAUUCAAUUGAAAAACACUGAAAUCUUUGAGGGGGAAAAAUAAAUGACCUGGUUGCAUAAGUGUGCACACCCUUAAACUAAUACUUUGUUGAAGCACCUUUUGAUUUUAUUACAGCCCUCAGUCUUUUUGGGUAGGAGUCUAUUAGCAUGGCACAUCUUGACGUGGCAAUAUUUGCCCACUCUUCUUUGCAAAAGCGCUCCAAAUAUGUCAGAUUUCGAGGACAUCUCCUGUGCACAGCCCUCUUCAGAUCAUCCCAGAGAUAUUCAAUUGGAUUCAGGUCUGGGCUCUGGCUGGGCCAUUCCAAAACGUUAAUCUUCUUCUGGUGAAGCCAUGCUUUUGUGGAUUUUGAUGUGUGCUUUGGGUCGUUGUUGUGCAGAAAGGUGAACUUCCUCUUCAUCUUCCACUUUCGCUUUCUAACGGACACCUGAAGGUUUUGUGCCAAAAUUGCCUGGUAUUUGGAACUGUUCAUAAUUCCAUCCACCCUGACUAAGGCCCCGGUUCCAGCUGAAGAAAAACAGCCCCAAAGCAUGAUGCUGCCACCACCAUGCUUCACUGUGGGUAUGGUGUUCUUUGGGUGAUGUGUAGUGUUUUUGCGCCAAACAUACCUUUUUGGAAUUAUGGCCAAAAAGUUCAACCUUGGUUUCAUCAGACCAUAACACAUUUUCCCAUGUGCUUUUGGGGGAAAUGUUUUUGCAAACUUCAGCCGGGUUUGGAUGUUUUUCUUUGUAAGAAAAGGCUUCCGUCUUGCCACCCUACCCCAUAGCCCAUUUAUAUGAAGAAUACGGGAGAUUGUUGUCACAUGUAGCACACAGCCAGUACUUGCCAGAAAUUCCUGCAGUUCCUUUAAUGUUGCUGUAGGCCUCUUGGAAGCCUCCCUGACCAGUUUUCUUCUCGUCUUUUCAUACAUUUUGGAGGGACGUCCAGUUCUUGGUAAUGUCUCUGUUGUGCCAUAUUUUCUCCACUUGAUGAUGACUGUCUUCACUGUGUUCCAUGGUAUAUGUAAUCCUUUGGAAAUUACUUUGUACCCUUCUCCUGACUGAUAUCUUUCAACAAUGAGAUCCCUCUGAUGCCUUGGAAGCUCUCUGCGGACCAUGGCUUUUGCUCUGAGAUGCAACUAAGAAAAUGACAGGAAAAUCCUACUAGAACAGCUGAACUUUAUUUGUGAUUAAUCAGUCCCUUUAAAUGAUGGCAGGUGUGUAAUGACUUCUAUUUAACAUGAGUUUGAAUGUGAUUGGUUAAUUCUGAACACAGACACAGGUUUUUAUUUUUCAUUUUUCCCCCUCGAAGAUUUCAGUUUGAUUUUCAAUUGAAUUGUUCACAUUAUAGGUCACAUUAACAGUGGAAAAAGUUCUGACAUGAUUUAUCUUUGACUCAUUCUUUUACAUCACAAAAACCUGUCAUUUUAACAGGGGUGUGUAGACUUUCUAUAUCCACUGGAUCUUUUACCUGACUGUCUGUGUGCCCUAACAGGCGGCCAACAGCUAUCUGCGGGACCAGUGGUUUAAUUCUCUACAGUGGAAGGUAGGAUUACUAUGUUGAAGUAUUAAUUGGUUUGCGUUCACGGGGGUGCAACAAGGCUCACAGCACUUUGCGCAGAGAUUUUAUCUGUAGGCUACACAGCGCUGCAUGCAUUUCCUUCAUGUAUUUUUGCAUUGGUUUGAUAAGCACAUACAACUGUAUCUGUAUGCGUGUGCCUCUUAUUUCCAACCAGAAAAAGAUCUAUAAGUACCGUAAGGUUCUGAACAAUCCGAGUCGCUGGGAGGUGGUUCUGAAGGAGAUCAGAUUGCUGGUGGACAUGGCCCUGACUUCUCCCCUGCAGGAUGAGUCCAUCCACCAGGCCCCGCUGCAAAUCAUCUCCACCCUGCUGGCUGAGGUAGGCCCAUCUGCAGGCCUCACACACACCAAAUUACACACGUCUGCUACUGGGAGCUCCGCUCAAAACCCACAGAUGUUACAUUUUAGUCAAUUAGCAGACGCUCUUAUCCUGAGCGAGUUACAGUUAGUGAGUGAAUACAUUUUUCAUACAACCCUGGCGUUGCAAGCGCCAUGCUCUACCAACUGAGCUACAGGGGACUACAACAGAUGCCUGCUGUUUGACAGAAUAAAAGUUGUUAGUCAGUUUGGGAGUGUCUCUAUUACAUUAAUUUGUCUGCUCACUCUCUCUCUGAUCAUACCGGUCUCAUUUCUGUUGUCCCCUCUUCCUCCUCAGAACACUAACCUUAGCACUCAGGACCAUGAGAACAUCAUUGUGGUGAGUUUAAAGUUGCUGUUAUAGUGUGAUGGUGGAUUCAUCUGGAUGUGUUUGUGUCCAUACCCCCAUGGGUCCUGGCAACUAGAGUGAUGGAAUGUUGCAGCGUUCAAGGUACAGCUUUAAUGGCUCACUUCAUUUACCUGUCUUGGGGCGAAUUACGAGCUUAGAUAAUGAGAGAAUUAUAGGUACACCGGUGUAUUUUUAGGGUGAUUUCUGCAGUAACUUUUGGGAAUUACAGGCUUAAUCUCUCGUGGACAUACUACGUAAACGUAAGUGGUCGAGCAUCCGACCAAAUAACGCGAGAUUUUAGUUCUGGUUUAACCGAGAUUAGGCUAGCACAGUUUAUUCACGCAUGGCUGGCUGCUGGCAAGUUUAAAGUUUUAUUAGCUGUACGGGAUACACAUGGUAUUAACCGUCCAACGAAAUGCUUACUUGCAGGAUCUUCUCGACAAUGCAACAACAAUAAGAAAUAAUAAAGAUAAGAAUAUGAACAUAAAGUAAAUGGCUCAGUAGAAUAGAAUAAACAUUUUAGCAUCAGUAUAAUACAGGAAGGCACAAUUUAUAGUCCAAUAUUUACAUUGUUCAGUAUUUAGCAAUCAUAAGAGUCUGGUAGCAGCAGUUGUAGUGUGUGUAGCCUGGAUGUGUGCAUGUCUGUGUGGGUGUGUGUUAUGAUGCGGGGAAUCAGAGCAGGUGGUCAGUUCAGUUAUCGUGUUCAGCAGUCUGAUGGCUUGUAGUACAGUUUCACCCACUUCAUACUGUAUUCUAGUCAUGGCUCAUACUAUAUCAUUUAUUUAUUUUUUACAUUCUGGAUAAUGUGUGUAUUUUAUUUUAUAUUUUUUAUUGCUAGGUAUUUUACUGCCCUGUUGGAACUAGAAACACAAGUAUUUCGCUGCACCUGCUAUAACGUCUGCAAAUCUGUGUACGCAACCAAUAAACUUUGAUUUGAUUUAGUAGAAACCGUCUCUGAGCCUGUUUAUCAGACCUCAUGCACAGGGCCAUUGUAAAGACAAGAUCACCUGGCUGGGGAAAUUGUGAAGUUCUAUUGAUCAGUCCUGUCUCUGGUAUCUCUGUGUGUCCCUAGGCCAUCGCUCCUCUCCUGGAAAAUAACCACCCUCCACCAGACCUGUGUGAGUUCUUCUGCAAGGUAAAGAUGGGCCCCACUUCAACAUGUUGUCAAAAUCGAAGCCCUUUGUUAGUGCUAGUGUAACGGAGUUGGAUUGGUAACCUCACUCCUCAGCUUGAAAUGCAUGCGCCAUCGAAUAGCUAGCUUUUUGGUGGCGUAGCUGGUUAAGGCAUUGUCAAGAGGGUGGUCAUGUGCGUUUGCGAGGACAAAGGAGAGAUCAAGGUCCGGUAAGGACUUGUGAAAGGAAGCUAUACUGUUAAGCAAGCACAGUGACGUCCCUCACUGUUCGAGCAGAAGAUGUAAACACUUCACAAACAUGGGUGUCAUUAACAGCCCAUUUUACAGUUGAUCCAGGCCAAGAUUCAGAUUAUUGUUAAGAUGAUGUUGUAAAUGCUGUGGUUGUGUUUAUGCAGCACUGUCGGGAGCGUCCACGGUCGAUGGUUGUGAUUGAAGUGUUCACCCCUGUGGUCCAGAGAAUCCUCAAACACAACAUGGUGAGCUGAGCGUUCCGUCUUAUUCCCUGUCAAGGUUCACGCUCAGUUUGUUUAUUUUCUUCUGUGGUUAUAUAUUGGAGUGUCAAAGCACUGUGCUGCCUCUUGUCCUCAUGUUUAUUUCUCUGCCUCCUCUCUCUGUCUGUGUGUGUCAGGACUUUGGGAAGUGCCCCAGACUGCGUCUCUUCACUCAGGAGUACAUCUUGGCUCUAAAUGAGCUCAACGCUGGGAUGGAGGUCGUCAAGAAAUUCAUUCACAGGCGAGUCAGUGACAACAUUUGUUUUAGGACUGGGAUUUUCUCCACCGACCAGGAAAAGCUCAGGCCCUAGUUAUUUCUAAUAGUACCCCAUGAUUUACUCUGUGCUUUCUUCCUGUUCCAUGGAGUCUAUUGGGUGCUAAUUGUGUGCGUGGCUGUGUUUUCAGCAUGCAUGGCCCCACCGGGCAGUGCCCUCACCCCCGCGUCCUGCCCAACCUGGUGGCGGUGUGCUUGGCUGCCAUCUACUCCUGCUACGAGGACUUCAUCAACAGGUGAGUGAUCUACUGUACUGUAGACCAACCACACAGACUAGACUCUCUGGCCCAAUGAACGUCCCUGGUUAGCUUAGGAUACUCACCUUCCCUUUAACAUUUUAACUGAGGUGUUGACUUGAGUAAUGAGUUAUCUAAUUGGUUAUCAUUACAUCAUCAUCCCUUAGCCACUGGGUCCUCAGCCCACUUGGGAGAAAAUGUACUGGAUUUCCGUGGCAUUGUCACCCCAGUGAAUCAUUGCUCGGAUACAUGACCCUCCUCACGCUCCCUCUAAGUAUACAGGGGCUAAUGCCGUUGUAACAGAGGCCUGGCUAGAACCCCAACAGAAUGACAUGUAUUCUUACUAUGGACUUCUGAGUGUUAUAGUCUUGAGAUUAUUUAUUUAAUGUGUGAUACAAUGACUCUCUCCAUUCUUCUCUUACACAAUAUUGGUCUCUCUCCAUCUCCCCAACAACAUCUCCCUCUCUCUCUCGCUCUGUCCAGCCGGGACAACUCCCCCAGUCUGAAGGAGAUCAGGAACGGCUGCCAGCAACAGAAUGAGCGUAAACCCCCUCUGCCUCUCCGCCUGCUCCGCCCAGAGCCCCUGACACCCCCAACCACAGCCCUGCUGUCCCUCUCCCCUCCCCCCUCAGCUCCCCUCUCCCCUCCCCCCACACUGCCCCUUUCUCCUCCGCCUUCUAUCGUCAACUCCAGUGAGAUCCUGGUGGAGUUGGAACGCAACAACAACACUGCCAACGCCAGGCGGAAGGGCCAAGCGGGAGGUGACAGUGAGCCCAACCUGAUCGACUGUCUGCUGGUCAGCCCUGCCCUCAACGCCCUGUCAAUCCAGCUGCCUGCCCAGGCCGACUGCGUGCUUGGCUGCUUCGCACUUAUCCUCAAAAUGCUGUGAGUUACCACUACUGCUACUGUAAACCCUCUCCUUUACGGUCUGCCUUACUGUGUGUGUGUCUGUGUGUCUGUAUGUGUUUAAAUGUGAACAAGGGUUCAUGUUUGGCGCUAUCUGUGUGGGCUGGGCUGAGCAGCUCAACACAGCUGCUGCCUCUGAUGUCCUACUGGAGAAUCCUUCAAAAGGAAGGAGUGUUGGUUAGUGUGUCUCUGAAUGAAUGGAUGACAUGGGUGUGACGAUGUUUUGCAAGAGGGAAGUGGCAUGAGGUUAUAUUAUGUAUGUGGGAACGGGGAAUGACCGUGUGUGUGUAACUAUGACACUUAACAGACAGGAAUCUGAUCCUCUCCUCGUCCCAUUGAAUUGAUGGAUUUGUUUGGCGUCAUAGGGUGACGCUCAGGUUACGUCUUGUGAUUCCCUGUGUGCCAAGCCCCCUGCUCUCAUUCUGUGUCCACCUUUCUGUUCUUACUCUCUUUCUAUCAUUCACUUUCUCUCUGCAACCAUUCAGGUCUGACUACGAUGACUGGAGACCAGCCCUGGCUAGCCUGCUGCAGCCCAUCCCCUUCCCCAAAGAGUAAGUAUACUGCCCUGGCUCUACACCUAUCCACUUCCACCUCUUGUGCUCCCUCACCUUUUCCUGUCCUCUCCCCAGCCCUCCACCCCUCCUCCAGGCUUUGGGGUCUGGGCUGGGACUUUGGGUGAGGGCCUGUCGCUGAGGUGUAGUGGCCUGGGAGUGGUGUUGACGUGGGUGUGCUGCUAAGGCGCCCUGCUGGGAAUGAGGUGCCAACCCUGGGUGGCUGCUGUAAUUGGCUCCUCAGUCCGGGACAUCAUUACCCAGUCACCUACAGAGGGCUGUUGUUGUCACAGCCGGGAGACUCACCUGCUGCUCACCUGCGCCCCAGAGCCUAAUCCGAGCGUUCAGGUGUCAUUAGAAAGUGCAACAACACUCCGACACAACUCCCAGAGUGAUUGAGUCAGACAGAAAACACACACGCCCAACCGCUGAUAGAUUCACAUGUAUUUGUAUGUUGUUGCUCAGAUAUGUUCAAACCAACCAAAAAAACGGGAAGUGUUUCCUGUGCAAUCCAGCUGCAAUCUGUUGAACAUCUUACUGCAUGUUUGAGAUAAAACAUGGUAGGACUGUUUAAACGUGUUUUAUUAUUGUAUUAAAUCUUGUUUAAAUUUGUAUUCUUACCUCACUCCACUUUAGGGCCCUUGCACAUGCCAAAUUCACAAAGUAAGUAUCUACAGCCAUGACAUUUAGUUAACAAAUGUUACAUUUCAGUUACCAUCCUAUAAGGAAAGCUUGAGGAUUGUGCCUGACUUGUCUAUCUGUCUGUUUUGAACAGAGAGCUGAAAUAUGUUAUUCAGAGGUUUGCAGAGGACCCCAGACAGGAGGUGAGUGUGUGUGUGCGGCUCUGACCAUACAUCACUGUUUCACCCUAGUUCAGUGUUCGAUUGGUUCGUGUGUGUAGUACUCAUGGUUGUGUGCUUGUUGCAGGUCCACUCCUGUCUGCUCAGUGUGCGCUCAGGAAAGGACGGUUGGUUCCAGCUCUACAGUCCAGGGGGUGUGGCUUGUGAUGAUGAUGGGGAGCUCUUUGCCAGCAUGGUGAGUGAUUGGUGGUGUUACCCUAAUAAUCCUGGCCCUCAUACUUACCUUUUGUUCUGAUUGGCUGGACUUGACCUUUGACUCUCUCCUCCAGGUUCACAUUCUUAUGGGUUCCUGCUACAAAACUAAGAAGUUCCUCCUGUCCCUGGCUGAAAACAAGCUGGGGCCCUGCAUGCUCCUGGCUCUGCGUGGGAACCAGACCAUGGUUGAGGUGUGUGUGUGUGUGUGUGUGUGUGUGUGUGUGUGUCAGCUGUGAGUGCACAGGAAGCAGAGGUGACCUAUAUGUAUGUGUGUGUUUCAGAUCCUGUGCCUGAUGAUGGAGUACAACAUCAUUGAGAACAAGGACACCCAGCUGCAGAUCAUCUCCACCCUGGAGAGCACUCAGGUGGGCCUGCACAUGUACGAGCAGCUGUGUGACAGGCAGAGGGAGCUCAAAGAGCUGGUAAGUUACUACUGCACUGUACACAAACAAAGGCUCGAACACCACACGCUCAAUCUCACACUGCGUUCACAAUUCUAUUGUAAUGUCUUCUCAAAAUACACAGGGCCGGACUAUCAGCGGACAACUGGAGUAUGUGCUUAGUUGAAACUGUUACUACUCUACACUGUCGACUCCGCUAGAGAUAUCUAUUCAUUAUAGUGUUUCCGUUUUGUUACUUCAUGCAAAUAUGAACCCUUUAUCUUAUCUAAGAGACUUCCUAUUUCUUUGUUGGCACAUUGCUCAUAGACACCACCUGUUGUCUGAAAUAAGGAACUGCUGUAAUCAGUCAAGAUUUUUGUUUCCCUUUCUCCCUCAGCAAAGAAAAGGAGGCCCCACCCGACUCACUCUGCCCUCCAAGUCUACGGUGAGAUUGGCUUUUAUUACGCUACUGCCAUUUCCUCAAAGGUUCUUUGUUUUUCUUUCACAAUAAUACUUUAUUUAAAUACAAAAUGUAUAACAUUUUCAAACAACAUUUUGUAAGAAAGAUGACCUGGCUCCAUGUCUCAAUUCAAUUCGAGCAACAUGAUGUCUCUCCCUGCCUCUGUAUCUGACCAUGUCGAUGUGUAUCUCUGAAUAGGAUGCGGACCUUGCCAGACUGCUGAGCUCUGGCUCCUUUGGGAACCUGGAGAACCUGAGUCUUGCCUUCACCAACGUCACCAGUGCCUGUGCUGAACAGCUCAUCAAGCUGCCCUCUCUCAAACAGCUCAACCUGUGGUCCACCCAGGUCAGAACACACACACACUUCACAUUUUGUUUUUAUUUGAAUUGGAUGAGUAAUACUUUGCAGUACUUUGAAUGACAAAUCCUCUUUCCUGUUAUUGUCUUUCCUUCAGUUUGGAGAUGCAGGACUACGGUUACUGUCUGAACACUUGGCAUGUCUGCAGGUGUUGAAUCUGUGUGAGACGCCCGUGACCGAUGCUGGCCUGCUUUCCCUCAGU